ACCCACGUGUUCAGCCACCAGGGAAGCAGUAGUCCUGGAGCAGCAGGCAUUUUCUACUGUACAGCGUAGAAAGGCCCUACAAAUACCUACUUUUACAAAACUAUUUUGCUCUAUUACGCCCGAGGACAUUUGUCACGAUGUCGUCGUUCAGGAAAGCGUUGAAAUCCCGACAGAGAAACCACCACGAGAGAUCUCAGCCUGGUUUCAGGAAACAUUUGGGAUUGCUGGAGAAGAAGAAAGACUACAAACUCCGUGCAGAUGACUAUCACAAGAAACAAAACACUCUUGCUGCUCUGCGAAAGAAAGCUCUGGAUAAGAACCCAGAUGAGUUUUACUACAGCAUGAUCAACUCCCAGCUGCAGGAUGGAGUUCACGUAGCAAAGAAAGCAAAUGAGGAGGUGGAGAUGACAGAGGAGCAGAAGAAAGUGAUGAGAACACAGGAUAUCAAAUACGUGGAGAUGAAAAGGGUUGCAGAGGCUAAAAAAAUUGAAAGGCUUAAGGGAGAGCUCCAUCUCCUGGACGCAGGCAGCAAACAGAAAAACAAGCACACAUUUUUUGUGGAUUCCAAGAAUGAAGUGGAGUCAUUUGACCUGGCAACCCACCUGAGCACAGCUCCUGAGCUGGUGGACCGAGUGUACAACAGACCAACUCUCACGAGUCUGGAGACUAAGAGCAUCCAGGGAGGUGUGGAGCCUGACAGAAUAGAGAUGUUGGCCAAGCAGAGGAACCACCAGUACAAGAUCCUUUCCCAGAGGAUUGACAGGGAGAAGAAAAUGUUUGUGAUCGCCCAGAAGAUUCAGACACGCAAGGACCUGCAGGAUAAGAACAAGAAAGUAAAGGUGAAAAAGGAGACAACCAGUUCUGCAGCUAUCUACAAGUUUGAGGCCAAGAGGAAACGCUGAGAGUGAAUCAUCAUUCCAGUGAAAUAAUGGACUUCUAGAGCACGCCAUAGACACACAGACAUGGGCCGAUUUUCUUUUCCUCAAAUGUUGCUGCAGCUGUGCAAUUUUGUA